AUGGAUCGUUCCCAGACUCAUCGCCUCCCGACUCCUCCUGCUUCUGCAGCCUCUCCUGUACCGAGCACUGCUUCGAUCGGAACUCGAACAUCUACCUUACCGACCCCGCGUUUGCACCGUCUGCAGCCUGGAUCGCAGAAAGAGAUUGCCCUGAUUAACUACCUGGACGAUCGCAUUUUGAAGAUCACGAGGAGAUACGCCAAAAAGUUCAGUCAUGAGGGGCCCGAGAAAGAUGACACGCCAGGAUAUACCACCUAUGACCAGUUUGUGGUCGACGUUGAUCCUCUGGUAGACGUUGUUUGGAUAAGUGGCACGCCAACCAUCCAAAUCCCCUACCUCCUGUCUCUGGCUGGACUUGCUUGUUCCUAUCUCCAAGCUUUUCCCUUCUCUACAUCUGUGUUUGCUCUCACUAGCAAGAUUGAUCAGGGAUUUGCUACUCUGCUACAACCCCCGGAGAAUUGUCCCACGCCAGUUACCAUGCCUUACCACGUCUUCAUGACGGACAAAGUUCGCAUCAAGUCGCUAAUUGAGGAGACGCGCGUCGCCGCUGUGAAUGCAGCUUCCGGCAGUGGUCACGAUGCCAGGAUACAUGACCUUUCUGAGACGGAGACAGAGGAUGAUGAGAAGGACACAGAGGAUGACGAUGAGGGCGAGGAUCUACCGCAGAACAUGUCCAUAUCUCUUGGGCUGUCGCGGAUAUACAAAAGAACGUUGGAGAUCCUCGGUGACUCGCUGGUUGCUGAUGUCCCACCUCAAGCACAAGACAAUGAUUGA